AUGGCAUCGUUCAGAAUUCACGAGGAUCAAGAAAAUUCUUCACUAGCUGCAAGGAAAGAAGCAGAAGUAUUUGCCGCUGCGACUCAGAGACGUGCAUUAGGUGAUCUGAGCCAGUUCAAAUGCAACCAGAACCGCAACGUGAAAAAUGUUGGAAUAACGAAUGGACCCUACAAGGGCCAAGAUGAAAAUAGAACGGUGCGGAAUAUCAAGAACGAAAAAAAUAUCGUCCCCCCUGUAGCUCAGUUUCGCGCCUUCAGUGUAUAUGAAGAUAAUCCCGCAAAACCUUUGGAAGUAGAUUUGAAGAAACGAGAGCAAGCAUUCAAGCCUUUCAUUUCCAAAGAAUUGAAAAAGGAUAACUUUUUCCUUAAUGCUGCAGAAAAUGUCAAGGCACUUUGUGCUCAAGCUGAGAAGCAAUAUGAAAAGGAUAAGCCUAUUCUUCCUGUUAGAAAACCCCUACAAGAAAAGAAAGAGGUAGAAGAUAAGAAAGAACAGAAAGCUCUUAAAGAUGAUAUUGAGUCACCAAUGUCUGUAGUAGACUCAAGUAUACUGUCUAUGUCAAUUUCCAAGAAUGAGAGCCAGCUAGAUGUUAUUGAUGAAGAUGCGACAACAGCUCAGACUAACAGGGAAUUGUUUUUCCAUGUGGUGGAAUAUAGACAAGAUAUUUAUGACUAUAUGAGAGAGAUAGAGGUAAAGAACCGUGCCAAUCCCCGCUACAUGCGUAAGCAACCAGAUAUCACUCAAGUUAUGAGAUCUAUUCUUAUUGACUGGCUUGUUGAGGUGUGUGAUGAAUACAAUCAGCAGAGUGAGACAUUGCACCUGGCUGUCUCAUAUGUUGACAGAUUCCUGUCUUAUAUGAGUGUGGUACGCACAAAACUUCAGCUUGUUGGUACUGCUGCUACAUACAUUGCCUCGAAAUAUGAAGAAGUAUACCCACCGGAAGUAUCAGAGUUUGUCUACAUAACUGAUGACACAUACACAAAGAAGGAAGUGUUGCGUAUGGAACAUCUAAUACUGAAAGUGUUGUCUUUUGACCUCUCAACACCGACAUCUUUGGCUUUCCUAUCACUCUACUGCAUAUCUAAUGCUCUCUCCAAGAAAAUCUUUCAUUUAGCUGCGUACAUAGCAGAGUUGUCAUUACUGGAAUCGGACCCCUACCUUCAAUUCAGGCCCUCGAUAAUAGCAGCUAGUGCUUUGGCCACAGCACGCCAUUGUCUUCUUUGUGAAAGACAGGACUGCAGUAUUAGGACCGGAGAGGAAGACCAGGGACUACGGCCUCAAUGUGCUAAUAUAGCGUGGCCAGCGGCGUUGGCGCAAAGCACGGGUUACGCGGUGCGUGAGUUGGAGCCUUGCGCCCGCGAGUUGGCUCGCACUCACGCGCACGCAGCCGCGCAGUCUUAUCGCGCUAUUCCCGACAAGUACUCCAACAACAAAUAUGAUGCAGUUUCAACGAUUGCACCGAAGCCAAUGUACCCAGUAGGAAAAUACCAACCGCCAGCGCCGCCUGCCGCUCGGAAUAACGAAACCGCACGCACUGGAUAG